UCAUCUGUCUCUUUUGCCACUGAUGGCGCUCCUGUAUCGCUAUCUCCCAAAAUCGCUUCCAGUUGACGUUUCGUCUCAUGCAAUAAUUAAUUAAACUUGUUUGUUAGAGGUGCAAAAUAAAAUUAAAUUAAAAUGACUGCCUGGAGACAAGCUGGUUUAAACUACAUUAACUUUUCAACAAUUGCUGCCCGAAUGGUCCGCCAAGCUUUGAAAUCUGAUCUAAAAAAUGAGGCUUUGAAACGGGACGUAUCUAGCAUUAAAUUCACACCCUGGAAGGACGGAAAAGCGAUCACUGGAAAACCGGAAUAAAAUCAAAUACUCAUCUAUAAAAGUGAAACCAAGUAAUCACAAGAUGGAAUAAUAGACAAUUCACUCAAAUUAAUAAUGUGUACGUAACCGAUAACAAGAAUAAAUGUUAGUUAGAUAAAACC